AUGAUGACCGAAACGCAUAUUAAUUCUAAUCACAUGCUAAACUCAAGUUUGGGCUCCAAAUCAGACCUCGAGAAAAUGGAUGAUGUUGGUUGGAAAUCCAAACUUAGAAUUCCACCGCGAGACAAGCGGAUUAAAACGAGUGAUGUUACAAACACACGAGGUAACGAAUUUGAGGAGUUUUGUUUAAAACGUGAAUUAUUGAUGGGAAUUUUCGAGAAAGGAUGGGAAAAGCCAUCUCCUAUUCAAGAAGCUAGUAUUCCAAUUGCAUUGUCCGGUAAAGACAUUUUAGCACGUGCCAAGAAUGGUACAGGAAAGACAGGAGCUUACUCUAUUCCUGUAUUGGAACAGGUUGACCCACGAAAAGACAUAAUUCAAGCUUUAGUGAUAGUGCCUACCCGAGAGUUGGCAUUGCAGACAUCUCAAAUCUGUAUUGAACUUGCUAAACACAUGGAUGUUAAAGUUAUGGUAACUACUGGUGGAACAAAUUUACGUGACGAUAUUAUGAGGAUUUAUCAAAAAGUUCACGUAAUUAUCGCAACACCAGGAAGAAUUCUCGACUUGAUGGACAAAAAUGUCGCAAACAUGGAUCAUUGCAGGAUUUUAGUACUAGAUGAGGCUGACAAACUUCUCUCACAAGAUUUUAAAGGAAUGUUGGAUCACGUUAUUUCAAGAUUGCCAUCGGAACGACAAAUAUUGCUGUACUCGGCUACGUUCCCACUGACCGUUAAGCAAUUCAUGGAAAAACACUUGAGAGAUCCAUACGAGAUAAAUUUAAUGGAGGAGUUGACGCUAAAAGGUGUUACGCAGUACUAUGCAUUUGUACAAGAACGACAGAAAGUCCAUUGUCUCAACACACUAUUUUCAAAGUUGCAAAUAAAUCAGAGCAUUAUAUUUUGUAACUCGACGCAACGUGUUGAACUUUUGGCUAAAAAGAUAACAGAUUUGGGAUACUGUUGCUACUACAUACACGCUAAAAUGGCUCAAGCUCACAGAAAUCGUGUUUUCCAUGAUUUCCGCGCUGGUCUCUGCAGAAACUUGGUGAGUAGUGAUUUAUUCACUCGUGGUAUCGACGUACAAGCAGUUAAUGUCGUGAUAAACUUUGAUUUUCCAAAAAUGGCCGAGACGUAUUUACAUCGUAUCGGUAGAUCUGGUAGAUUCGGUCAUUUAGGUAUUGCCAUCAAUCUAAUAACUUAUGAAGAUCGUUUUAAUCUUCAUCGUAUUGAGCAAGAACUUGGUACGGAAAUAAAGCCAAUUCCCAAGGUGAUAGAUCCUAGUUUAUACGUAGCUCGACCUGAGGAUAAUACUAGUUUGGACGAAGGUAACGUGUCGAAGUAG